GGUUGGUGUUUUGUCUGAUUCGGGCAGGCUUCUACUUUCGUUUUUGUGUUGUUGUUCAAUGUUGGAUUUUGGGUUGGUAGCUAUCACAGGCUAGGUAGCUGCAGGGUUUUGACGUUAGAUUUGUAACAGGUGGUUGGAUUCAGAUGCUAGCUGACACUUCCUUUAUCACCUUUAUGAAAUGGCGAAGCCAAAACCACAAUACUCUAAACAGUAUACAGUCGUUGUUGAAAAUUUGUCUGCCGAAACUAAUAAAAAGGCCUUAUUUUUAACAUUUAAAGACUUUGGAAUAAUCAAAAGUUAUGACAUUGCACUAGAUGAAAGGACAGGAUUACCAAGACGUGCGUUUGUUAACUAUAAAGACCUAAAUGCCGCUCAAACAGCACAGAAAGCUAUGGAUAACAAAAAGUUUUGUGGGCUCAACGUAAGAACCAGCCUGAAAAUUAAUGAUUCAUCAAUAUCACAAUCCAAUAAAAUAAACUUCCAGCCAUUGACAGACUGUUCAUUUUUUGAAAAGGGGGAAUGUAAUCCAAAAAAUGGAAAGGUAUGUCCUUACAGACAUAACUUACUAACAGAUCAACCAGAGUGUAGCUUGUGGCAAAGCGGAAAGUGUCAAAAUGUCAAAUGUAUAUAUCGUCAUCCCAAGAAAGUAUCUGCACCACCAACAGAAACUCCCGUUCCAACAUCAAGGUCUAGUAUCAAUCCUUACUCUGCUCGACCAAGAACCUCUGGUCAUAAACCUUCGAUUAGGCUUAAUGUGGGAAUGGAUGUUGCUGUUGAGCAUGAUGGAAAAGAUUUGAAUGGUAUUGUAAGAUGGAUAGGCAAAAUUCAUUCGAUAUUAAAAGAAGACACUUUUGUUGGUGUUGAAUUGGCGUCUCCAGUUUCCACUGGAACUGAUGGUACAUUUCACUCACAACGGUUUUUUUCAUGCCAACCUGGCCAUGCAAUAUUUGUGAAAGAUUCUUUGUGUAAAGCGCCGUUAUUGUUACCAAUCAAAGUUCCAGCAAGGGAUGGCAUUUCAGUUAAAGAAAUGAAUGUGUGUGGUCACUAUUUGCAGAAUAUUUGUAGGGCAGGGGAUAAAUGUGACUUAAUGCACCCUCCAGUACCAUCGUCGUUUAUCUGGUGUUUUAAACAACUGGGUGAUGUGGAAUACACUUGUUGCUCUGUAAACUUAAAUUCGGAAAUUGAAAAAGCGUAUUGCAAUCCUAACUCCAGUAAAUAUAAGAAAGCAGGUUCAUUGGAAGUCAAUUUUGAAUUAUUGGGUCAAUGUAUUUACAAAAGUCUUCCUGUGAGCUUUAAACGAUUUUCAACAAAGUCCAUUUCCGUAUUUCCCGAUGAACCAAUGGCAACAACAUGGAAAUGGUACUGGUUGGAUGAUAAUCAAUUAUGGCAAGAGUACCUAAAUGAGGGAUCGACAAGAAAUGAUCUCAUAGAAAGAGCUUAUCAUGAUUGGUUGCACAAUGGGUCAACCGACAUCUUUAAAUUUAAUACACUUCAAUUUCACUAUCAACUGGAAUUCAAUACAAUGCAUCAGGUGAAUUUAGAUCCAAAGUAUGGUACUAAACGUGCGGUGAGAAGAAGACCAGUUUUAGCUGCUCCCACAUCAAGGUUGUCGCCUGAUUCUUCGUCGCCAUCUACUGGGCGUUACCCUGAACAUUGGCCGUCCACGUUCCCUUCAUGUGGCUACCUUUUGUUGAAAGUUGAUCGAAACACGACAAAUGAUUAAAAAAAAAUUUAACGAAACCAUGAAAGCCAGAAUGCGAUGUAAAGUUGUUUCUAUCAGAGAGAUUUGCAAUAAAGCAUUUUAUGAUAAGUAUGAAUGCCAAAAAAGAUUGAUGAGGGAGCAAAGCUCAAAGCUUAAUGAAAUUCAACUGUGGCAUGGUACAACGCAUGCGACAGUUGAGCAUAUUCUCUGUCAGAAUUUUGACUGGAGAUUAUGCAAAAAAGGACUUUUUGGUGAAGGAUCGUAUUUUGCCAAAGAAGCAAGCUACAGUCAUUCAUACGUUGACGCCAAUGAUAAGUAUGAAAUGUCCAUGUUUCUGGUUGAUGUAUUGGUAGGUGAUUAUUGGCAGGUAUGGUAUUUCCUCUAUUCAGGCGUUUUAAUAGCCUAAUCGAGAACAUGCCUAAAAUUAAUGAAGGGUACUUUUUAUGUCAAUGCUGUAAAACAUUUUGUUUUGGCUUUUGCGUGACAAAAUUCCGGGUACAGUACCGUUUAACAAGUAGUUUUCGAAUGUUCCAACUUGUUUUUAUAUCUAAUAAAAACGAAUUUUCUUUUUUUAAGAAAAGUUGGCUUAGCGAGUAAGGAAAUACAGUUCAUAUUAACUUAGCUGUAAUUUAUACUUCAUUUUUGUUACUCUAAAUUGACAUUUUUUGGCAAUGUAUACUUUUAAAUUGCAGAGAUUAACUUAGCAAGCAGAGUGUGUGGUUUUUGGAUGAAAUUUACAUCGAUUUGACAAAUACACCUCUCUACACGAAUAUUCAAACAGACUGAGAAAUACCUCCUUUCGCUUAGGAAAUAUUUCUCGUCCUUUAAAUUUCGUGAAGGGAAAUUAAGUCGCUUAAUUUGCCAAACUCAAAAUUGAGAGUUAUUUAAAACGUUCAAGUGUCUUUAACUUCAAGGUAGAACAAAAGUGACUCAGAUGUAAACGGAAAUUUACAGAACAUCAGCAGGAAAAAUAUUAAUUACUUUUUUUGCUGUGAUUUGAUUGUUUGAUUUCGACUCUCUAAUUUUCUCUUUAACCAAUAAAUGGAUUCGAUUAUUUGAUGACAGC